AUCCUUGUGCAAUACCACAACUUUAUAGUGUUCUCUCAGCUAGUCAACUUUUUAUAGUAAUAUUUCCGAAAUAUAAUAAUAUUUGCCACACAAAUUCGUUAUUAUUUUAAAAAGGAAAUAUUAAUCGAUGAAAAAUAUAUGAACGAUGUGACUGCGAUCAUCGUUUACUUAAUUUCAAAAUGUUCGUCCAAAACCCGAUGGCGGAAUUAAAACAGUAUGGUUACAGUUCGGAACCUUACCUGAUAAUAGCAACUGCCCUUUAUACAGCAUCCCUGGCGGUAUCUAGUACGUUGAAAAGAUCCUGUGAGCCAAUAAUUCCGUUCGGAGAAUGUCUAGUUGGUGUUUACGAAAAUCAACACUAUGCACAUUCGCUUAUUAAUAUCUCACAGUAUUUGAUUUCUUUCAUAGUUGUAUUACUAGCAGGUGCAUGGAGUGACAAUCAUGGAAGAAGACGUAGACCUUUGAUUUUCCUACCAAUUAUUGCACAGAUUUUAACAGAUAGUUUAUACAUUGUGUUUUACUAUUGGCACUGGCCAUCGGCAUUUGAUUUAAUCAUGAAAUGUUUGAAAUGGAUAAUACCUGCAUUUUACGUUGGUCGAAAUAUGUUCUGGGUCGGUGUAAUGUCAUAUGUAUCGGAAAAUUCAACUAUUGAAUCAAGAACUUUGAAACAUGGAAUAAUAAUUGCAACUUAUCCUUUAAGUUUAUUAGUGGGCGCUGGUAUAGUUGCACUAAUAAAAAUCGUCAUUCCAUAUUAUUCUCAAGAUCACGUAUUGUUUUUGGUAACAAUAUUAUUAAAUUUGAUUGCGUUAAUGGUUGUACAUUUGUAUAUUAAAGACACAUCUGACUCGUAUGAUAAAGACAUUAGGUGGCAGAAACCAAAAUAUAUUCUAAAAGAGUUUAUCAGUUUAUUUAAAAAUAAAUCAAUGAGUUUAGCUAUUAUAUUAGCCGUACUGAUUAUAUGCCAAUCAAUAUUAGUAACAAGAAUAGGAUGUGAUUAUGGUUUAUUAAUGGAGUAUAUUGAAAAUAAUUGGCGUAAUGACGAGGAAGUUUAUUUUAGUAUUUCAAGAACGUUGGCCAUAUUUUUUGGAAUUGUGUUUUCGGUUUCUGUUCUAAGCCAUUGUAUGAAAAUAAAUGAUUUAAAAAUUGGCAUUUUAUCUUGCUGCUUUUAUAUUGCAGCUGCUAUUUGCUACAUUUUUCCAGUUCUAAUUUGGCAAAUCAUUAUGAUUACAAUUAUUUAUUUAUGCCACGGAACAGCUGUUACUAUUAUUAGUUCAUUAGUAUCUAAAUUAGUGGCGACCGAACAACUAGGUCGAAUAAAUUCCAUUCAAAUGUGUAUGAACUCGUUAUUGACUGUUGUUGUAGUUACGUCUUAUAAAUCCGCAUUUGGUUACAUUCAUUUUACUAAAUCUGGACAUUUGUGUUUGAUGGCUUUCUUGUAUAUAUUUUUAACCCUACCCAUAUUAUCUAUGUUUAUGAUUUUGCAUUCUAAGUACAAAGAUUUCUGGCAAAAUGAUACCAUAGCAGUAAAUCAAAAAAAUGUAUAUACUAUAAGUCAAUAAUGUUUUAAUGUUAUUUUAUUUUUUAUUUAUAUAAUUUGUAUUUGUAUUUUGUGUACAUUUAAUACAUAUAAAUGUCAUUAAUUUAAUUUUUUAAAUAGAGGAAAUAUUAUAUUA